UGCGUUUGUGCCCACUACCCACUCCCAGUCAUCUAGAACAACGGACAAACCCCAAUUCACCCCACAUCACUCGUCAUAGAAAACCCCWUUUCGUUUUCGUUUUUGGCGCUCAAUAGUCAAUACCUUUAUUACCGUUUGUCCGUCUUUUGGUUAUGGUGCCGUAGAGUGUAUACCAUAAUACGUUAUUCAGAUAUUGUUCCGUGACACUGCAAAUUAAGCUCUUUAUUUUUGUAAUAAUUUUUUUUCAUCUCAUAUUAAGUAACAAGUUUUUUAUUUUUUAUCUGCUGUCCGAUUUAUUCUUCUACAUUUUUUUUAUUUAUAUCUGAUUUACUUACUUUUGGACCAAUUCAAUUAUGUCGUUUGUGAAGAGCAAAAUUAAGCGGUUUAACGAAGUCUCAAGUUGUGCGCCACCACCUGGAACAUAUGAUCCAAAAAGUCCAUGUCCAAAACUUAUUAAAGGUUCUAAAUUUGAUAAAGCAGAGAGAUUUAAAGAACCUACUGUACCACAAACUGCUAAAAAAAUUACAAAAGUCCACUCAAUGUUCAAAACUGCAUCAAAUUUCAGUUCGCAAAGUUCAGUUUACACCGAAUGUUCUAAAAAAUCUAAUAAAACUGUAGAAUCUAAUUCAUCAAGAAUUGGUUCAACAAAAAUAAGAGCUAAACGUCUUUUAGAAUUGAAAAAAUUAGAUUCUAACCUUACUAAAGCUCUUGUUGACAUUGAAAAAUUAGAUGAUUCGAAAAUUACUACUGACACAUGUAAAGACUACAUUAAUACUUGUCGCAGUGCUUGUUCAGAGGCAUUGGAAAAUCGUGUGUGUAGGAUGGUCAUUGMAAAUUCUCAGGCUGCUUUAUAUGCAAUUUGUGAUCGCUUACGCGAAACAUGCAAACAUAAUGAAAUUCUACAGAAUGAAAUUGCAUGUUUGCGAGAAGAAAUUGGUGAGAAAAAAUCUUUUGAAAAAUUGGCUGCUGAUCAAAUUGCCAUUGUUGAACAUAAACUUACUGAAAAAGUUAAUGAUUAUAUGAAGAUUUCUGAGUCCGUCAAAGAUAAUUGGUUAGCUAAAAUGAGGUAUAUUCUGGUUGCUUUGGAUGAUUUAGAAUCUAUGGUUGAUAGUGAAGUAAAAGAAAUAAUUCAAAAACUUAAACUGGACAUUGAAAAUACAGAUCCUGAAAUUCCAAACUAUAAACAACUUUUAGAGAAAUAUGAAAAAACACUUGACAGAAACAUUCAACUUGAAGAAAUUGCUAAAAAACAUGAUGAUUUGGAAAGAAAAAUAAUCGAUUUGACAAAUGAAAAGAAUGCGAUGGCCGCUAAAUUACAAAUUAAUCAACUAAAGGCAACUGGUUUAUCAAAGAACCGUUUAGAUGCUUUGGCCACACCUCGCAGACGUGUUGAUGCUGAGAAUAUUGCCCCUAAAAAUAAAACUUAUGUACUAAAAACUAAUACUUUUAACACUGUAAAACCAGUUGCUCAGUCUUCUCCACUGAGAGAAAUGAACUGGUAAUUUAAGUUUAAAUAUAUUAUUUUAUAUUAAAUAUUAAUUGUAUCUUUAAUUUUUUUUUUUUUUAUUGAUUUGUCCGUCAAAUAAUUUAUAUUAAGUUUUUAUGUAUAUUUUUUUUUACUCUUACUAUAGAAUUAACAUUUGAUAUUUGACUGAUUAAAAGUAAAUUAAUUAUAUGAUAUUUUAGAUUCCAAAAUAAAAUACAAUUUUAAUAAUAGUUUA